AUGAGCUGUUCGUGCAAUGCCUCUGCCGUGAGGCUUUUCGCGCGCGGCUUGGUGCAGGUGCACCGCCUGGAGCCGAGCCCGUCCUUUGCCCUGCCGAUUCGAGGAGCUUCUGGUGGUGCCCGCUUCACAGGCGGCGCCUUGGCUUCGCAGCAGCAGCAGCAGCGCCGUUCCCUCCAUGCAUCACCGCGCGCGCUUGGGGAUGCCGAGAAUCCUGCGCCGGUCCUCCAGCCGUCGCCAGACAAUCGACAGCCCGCGCCCGCCGCCGAAAGCAGCAGCAUCCUGCCAACCGAAUCUAGCAGCACCAGCACGACGACAUCACAGCAGCCAGCAGCCGUCCGCGCGGAUCCCGCAGCCAGCAGAACAAAGACGCACGAGGAGUGCAUGACGGAGGCGAGAGCAAGGGCGGCCUGGCGGUUCAAGCAGCAAGGGUUCGACUGGAAGGCCUUUCGGUCCAAGGACCCGGCCGUCCGCGCAAAGGCCGAUCUCUCCAACUUCGACUGGAAGCACUGGCAGGGGAAGAAGCAGGGCAGCAGGAAACUCAAUCAGCUCGUGGACAAUCUCGAAGCGGCGCGGGCCGAGGAUCGCGCGGCCGUCGGCAUAACCCCGAGAGAGGGCGGCGUCGAGGAUCAGAGGCGGCGCAGAGCUCCUCUCCCAACGACUGCUGCGGCAUCACGUCACAUGGAGAGGCCCGAGUACGAUGGAACGCCGCCCCGAAAGAGGGAGGAGUGGAUGAUCCAAAAGGAGGCCGCCAAGGCCAAGUUCCCCGACGGGUGGAAGCCGCACAAGCGGCUCUCGCCCGACGCGCUGGCGGGCAUCCGCGCGCUCAACGCGCAGUUCCCCGACGUGUACACGACGCAGGCGCUGGCCGAGCGGUUCGCCGUGUCGCCCGAGGCGAUCCGGCGCAUCCUCAAGAGCAAGUGGACGCCGUCGUCGCAGGAGGAGGAGGACCGCCAGGGCCGCUGGCACCGCCGCGGCGUCGACGUCUGGGCGCGCAAGGCCGAGCUCGGCAUCAAGCCGCCCCGGCGCUGGCGCGACGAGGGCAUCGCGCGCGAGCCCGCGUACCACGAGCGCAAGGCCGCGGCGAGGCAGGGCCGCGCGGAGCAGGUCCGCAGGGAGCGUGAGGAGUACAUGCGCAGCUUCGCCAAGCGAGGCAGCGAGGAGGUGGGCGGCAUGACAACGACGGCGGAUGGGGCUGGUGUUGGCGGGCGACGCGGUGGCGAUGAAGAUGGGCGUCAGACGAGGUCGACGGGGGAAAAGGCGCCGCCGCCGUGGGGGGCGAGACGGGGAGGGCCAAGUUCUGCGAGGCAACAGACAAAGAGCGAAGCGGGCCAGGAUGUCUUUGACCAGGCCCUUGCUUCGGAGAGGCGCGAGUGA